AUGCCAUGGUCCUCAUUGACGACCACUCAAAAAUACCCAGUAGCAAGCAUUCUGCGAACACUUGCCGCACCAGUUGUCAUCAGCAAACUACGUACCAUUUUCGCCCAGUUCGGCAUUCCAACGGUGCUGAAGACUGACAAUGGUCCUCCAUUUCACAGCGGAGACUUCUCAAGAUUCGCUGAAGAAUUCGCAUUCAAACACCACCGUGUCACGCCACUUUGGCCCGAGGCAAACGGUGAGGUAGAGAGAUUUAUGAGAACGCUCAACAAGCUAGUCUUGACAAGCAGAAUUGGAGGCAAGGACUGGACGGAAGAGCUACAAUCCUUCUUGCUAGCCUACCGCUCCACCCCACAUGGCUCUACAGGAACUUCACCGUUCGAGCUCCUCUUCAAGCGCACAGUGCGUAACCUACUUCCGGUAAUCCCCGACCCAGACAACAGUAGCCCUACUCACAUCAACUCACAAAGAAACGACAAAUCCAGGAAAAGAUACAACAAAGAAUAUGCUGAUGCACGGCGACAUACUCAGCAUCACAAGUUUGUUCCUGGUAAUCUUGUAAUCUGUAGACAGGAGAGGCGUAACAAGUUCACCCCUUUCUACGACCCCAAGCCCUACACAGUCAUUGAGGUCCAUGGAUCUCGCGUCAAGGCCUCUCGCAAUGGGAAAGUCAUAACGCGAAACGCUGCCUUCUUCAAGGAUGCAUCGCAAGUAACCAUCACGCCUGGACGAGAAGAAUUGGACAUCGAAGAUCCAGGGCCCCCUCCAUCAAACCCUGGCAGUCGCAUCUCCUUAGACCAUCGCUUAUCUCUGGCCCCAUCUGCACCGCCAGUGACCCAACCAAACAGUGCGGGGGCCGUUAUCCGACAAGAGUUCGUCGUGCUCCACGUCAUCUUUCGGACUUUGCAGUGUAGAAAACUUUUCUAA